CCCCAAACCACUUGUUUAUUAUAUCCUAAUAUAUGCAGAUCAUGGGCAGCUCUCAUCUUCAUGUUGCUCUUCUCUCGAGUCCUGGCAUGGGCCACCUUAUUCCCGUGCUAGUUCUUGCCGACCACCUCGCCACCCACCACCACCUUAAAGUCACCGUUCUCGCCAUCACCACCGCCGCGGAAACUCAAUUUCUUAAGUCCCAUGUGAAAAGUAGUAACCCCACGGUGGACAUAGUCCCCGUCCCGGCGGCCGACGUCUCCGGUCUAAUCGACGAGAAAACCCAAGUCUUCACUCAGCUACGGAUAACGGUUCGCGAGGCACUUCCCCACGUCCGGUCCACCAUUGCCGGCUUGGCCCACCGGCCCGACGCCCUCAUCGUCGACAUAUUUUGUACUCAAGCUUUGGGCAUAGCCAAGGAGUUGGGGAUUCCGAGGUACGCUUAUCAUCCAACCACCGCAUGGACCGCCACUCUGGCCAUGUAUUUUCAAGUGUUUGAUGAAACUAUAACCGGGCAGUUCGUGGACCGCCUUGAACCGUUGAGAAUUCCCGGGUGCAUGCCGGUUCAACCGGAGGAUAUGGUUGACCCGUUGAUGGACCGGAAUGACCAGCAGUACCGGGAAUAUGUUAAUCUCGGGAUAGAGUACACCCAGUUUGACGGGCUAUUGAUUAACACCUGGGAGGAACUGGAGCCUAACACCGUUAAAGCUCUAAGAGAAAACGAGGAAUUACGGGCUAUUGUGAAAGUACCAGUAUACCCUAUAGGUCCGUUGAAGAGAAGCGUUGAGAGCAAGGAGGGGGAGGGCAGAGAUGAGAUUUUGAAGUGGUUGGAUAGGCAACCGGUGGAGUCGGUUUUGUACGUGUCGUUUGGGAGCGGGGGAUUGUUAACGGCGGAGCAAACGGCGGAGUUGGCUUGGGGGUUAGAGAAUAGCCGACAGAGAUUCGUUUGGGUGGUCCGGCCGCCGUGUGACGGCGGUCCCGACGGCUCCAUCAACCCCAAAUUAGAAGGCGGCGGUGACGCCGCCGCGGAUUACUUGCCGGAAGGGUUUCUCGCUAGGACUAAAGAUGUGGGGUUUGUGGUCCAGAUGUGGGCUAACCAGAUCGAAAUAUUGACCCACCCAUCAGUGGGCGGGUUUAUGUCUCACUGCGGAUGGAACUCGACUCUGGAAAGCCUGACGAAUAACGUGCCAAUCAUUGCAUGGCCGCUUUACGCGGAGCAGAAGAUGAACGCCGCCAUGCUGGCGGAAGAAGUUGGGGUGGCGGUGAGGCCGGCGGUGACGCCGACGGAGAAGGUGGUGAGGAGACAGGAGAUAGAGGGAAUGGUGAGAACGUUGUUGCAGUACAAAGAAGGGGAAGCCAUUAGAGAGAGAGUGAAGAAACUAAAAGUGAGUGGCGAAAUUGCUCUAAGCAAGGCUGGAUCUUCCUACAACUCCAUGUGUGAGCUUGUGAAAGACAUGGAAGCAAGAAUGCUCACAAAGUCCCGCGAAAUUUACCAAAGAAAAUGAUAUACAAACAUUUAUUAC